ACUUCAAAUUUUAAACACAGAACAAGAAAAAAAAAAAAAACAAACAAACAAAAGAGCUUCGAAUUUUUUGUUUACAAACAAAAAUGGGGGAUUGCAGGCCAUUGGGGUUCUUAUUAGGACUCCCGUUCGCUCUCAUCGCACUGGUUUUAUCCGUCGUCGGCGCCGUCAUUUGGGUUCUCGGGACUAUAUUGAGUUGUCUUUGCCCAUGCUGUAUUUGUUGUGCUGGACUUGCCAAUUUCGCAGUGAGUCUCAUCAAGCUUCCUAUUAAAGUUCUUAGAUGGUUCACUAAUCAAAUCCCAUGUUGAUUUUAGUCCAAAGAUCAUGUUCUUCGAUUUUUUUUUCUUUGAUCUUGGAGAAAGUUGUGCUGAUUUUAAUUUGAUUUUUUAGUUUAUUAUUUUGAUUGUUUAGAUGAUUGAUUUAUGAAUAUGGCAUUGAUGUUGGAUGGUUUACAGAGUUUAA